GAGCGUCGACAAUCUUGUGUAAGAGACAAGCCCCAAUGGCGCCGCCGCCGCAAAGGAAGAUGGUGGCCUUGAAUGCAAUCUGCAGUGCUGAUUCAAUGACCGACGGUCGGCGGAUGAGGAAGGAAGGGAAGGGGAGGAACCGGUGGAGCGAGUCGAGUUGGGGUUGCUUGUUGAGAAACAGAGUCAUGGACAUGGACGGGUACUCGACAGGUGAAAACGGAAAACCCUCGUCGUCGCAACGGACGAUGUGAAGCGAGUCAGCUGCAGAUUUGGACAACCUUCCGGCCAGCAUGUAAAAGCGAGUGAGAGCCUUAGGUAGUGACGAUUUUAGGGUGUACAGUGUUGUGUCUCCACCUGGUUUGGAUGGUCCGGUGACAGGGUAGAAGAAGAUGAAUGGCACCAAGGAUGGACCGAGAUCGGCGGCUGCGUACAACGACAAUCUCGUCCGUCAGAUCUUGAUCGGUGGAGAAUAAAUUUAUCAUAUUUUUUGCAAUUUAAUUAAUUUUUAUUAAAUAAUAUACACAAAGUAAGUGGAAUAAUGAGGUGGACAAAUAAAUUAAUUUAUUAAAUUUUAAAAAUUUCCACGACAUCUAGUUAACGGUCAAACUUUAUAGUUGACUGCCACGUAGGAUAAAUUUAAUGGAGUGUAACGGCCGGUGACUAAUGGUGAAACGACUCGUAAAGUUAGUGGCGAAUAAGAAAGAAAGUAAUUUGGAUGGCAAACGUGAAAGAUUUGUAUAAUUCGAGUGACCCAACAUGUAAUUUAGCCCUUUUAAACCAUUCAAUGUCUCCUCUUAUCUAGGGAUGCCAUUGAGUCGGGUAUGGUCGGGUUUUGCCAAACCCAAAUCCAUGGGUUUAUCCGUAAAAAAAAAUCGCGGUAAAACUUAUUUGCUUUGGAAAACUCAAACCCAAUCCGCUGGGUAUUCGCGGGUUCAUGGGUUUUUAUGGUAAAAAAUUUACAAUAACAAGUUCCUAUCGAAAUAAAAUUCAAAUAUCAAUUUACCCAUACAAAUUAUCCAUACAUAAAACACCAUUCUAGAAAAUUUAUACAUAUUCGUUUGGAUGAGGAAUUCUAAUGGAUCAAUCUGACACAAUUGUCUCGUUUUGAGUCAAUUGUGCUACAUUGAUCCGUUUGGCAGCAGAAAAUUUGGAUGAAGCAAUUUGGGUUGGGGAAUUCUGAAUUGACUCAUUUUGAGCCAAUUACAAUUGUCUGGGGUGGGGGCAGGUAAUCUGAAUUGACUCGUUUUAAAUGACUCGUUUUGUAAAAUGAAACAAUUGGUCAAAUUGUCUCGUUUUACAAUUGAUCCAUCCAAACGACAUUAAAGAGGAAAUUAGAAUUAGAGUAGUGUUUGGGAAGAGUAAGGCGAUGAAAUAAAUGUGGACAGUAUACCCAAACUCAACCCGGUGAAUAGUGUACGAGUUAAAUCCAAAACUGGCCCGAAACCAAUUCGGGUUUUACCCGCGUUGACCGGGUUGGGUUGGGUAGGGCACCCGCGGGUUCGGGUUUUAUUGUCAUCCCUACUCUUAUCAAACCGAUUUAAAUAGUUAUGCCACGUGAAGUAAGUGGUAUGGUUGGAUCAACAUAUAGUUAAUUUAUGUCUUUAUAGUUAGGUUCUAUUUAAGGAGUGGGAGAUGGUCAUUCCAAUCACGUAUAACUUAUUUUGACUCUGCUUCAUAUCGGAGUUCUUCGAAUUAGUUUAGUGCAUGGUACCAGUUAAAAUGGUUUGGCUUGCUACUGCAUAUUGCCCAUUGGUACUCUUUGUAUGUACUAACUUUAAAUUGGCUGAGCGGAAAUCCCGGCUAGUGGGGAGAUGGAAGCAAGAAUGUAGUUCUAUGGAGGAUUAAGGUUUGGAAUCUGCCUAUUCAACCUAACCUCAAAUUCUUUGCUUAGGAAAUUUUGCAGAGAUUGUUGCCUAACAUGGAGGUGUUGUGGGAUAAGAAGGUACUGGUCUUACUCUGAUGCCUGAUUUGCUGGGUGGAGGAGAAGAGUACGAAGCACCUGUUCUUGCUCUGUCCUGUGGGCUGUGGCGAAUAUCCUGUGGGAGGAGGCGGGUAUAUCCGCGGAGCUACAGACCUUGUCGAGUGUGUGCUUCAAUAUUUUCUUUUGGAGAUUCUUGGAUCGGGAUUCCUCCUUGCCGAGGGUGGUGAUUUUCCCCCCCUGUUACGGAGAAUCUGGAAGGCUAGUGUAACACUUUAGGCAAAUCUCACAUCGACAAAACACGGGAGAGAUCUAUGGUUCAUAAGUAGGAAACCGGCCUUAACUGACAAGACGCGUUUUGGGGUGAAAUGGAGGAGUUCUUGUGAGAGCUCUGAAGUUAAACGUGAUCAGUGUGGAGUACAACAAGAAUGGGUGACCUUAUGGGAAGUCACCUUGAAUUGCACCACAAGUCGAAAACCGUGAGGGUCGAGCCUCAAAGCGGACAAUAUCUUCGUCUGGAAAAGGUUUGGGAUGUUAUUGCUAGGAUUGAGUUUUUUUUUUUCCUAUUAGGAGAGGAAGAAGCAGUACCUACCUCCGACCCGACCAUAGUCAAUCCAUUAUGGAGAGCUUCUGCUCACCUGUGGUAAUAUAUUCCUCCAUCUCUCUGUCUAUCUAAACAUCCCCCUAUUGUUUAGGAAGUUGACUCUUUUGUUAUCCAAACUUAUACCUUAUGUUUUCGUAUAUGUAUUUCAAGGUUUUGUUCAUGUGGUUGGUUGUUCUUACUAACUUUAAUUUGAUAUAUCAUGUAUGUUAAUGGGAAACUGCUUGUGUAUGAUAAGUUAUGAUGCUUUGCAUCAUUCCCAUGCAUAAUCUAUGGAAAGCUUCAUUUUUUAUGUAGAGGAUCCUUGGGAAUAUGAUUCGAGGCAUACCUAGCAUGAUCUUUGACUUGUCACUACAACUGAGUCAAAUUGUCUUUUAGCUUUUUAACUAAGGAGCUAGGCUUGUCUUGGUUUUUCAUUGAAAUAAUUGUUGCUUAAUUAAGCACGAGGUGUAAGUAAGCAUGACAUGGUAAUUAAGCACGAGUUGGAUUAUAAAGAUCUAGUCGUCAUUAUCUUCCACAUUGUUACCAUGAGAUGUUACAUAUAGAUUCAUUUGAGAAUGAGCUAUCCCCAUAUUAUAUGAUUUAUAAUGAUGAUUUUCAUAUGUCUAACCAUGAGGUGUUGAAUCAAAUUUAUUUGGGGAUUACUCAUAUGUUUAAGAAUGAGGUGCAUACUCUUUUUGGUUCAUUAGAGAUGAUUUCAUCACUAUUUCAUGAACCUAUAAAUAGGGGUUGGAGUG